AUGGAAGAAAUAAUCCCAAUCAGCUCGAACAAAGUCCCUCUACCUGUUGAAAUCAUACCUGAAAAGAUCAAUCUAUCGAAUGAGGUUAGAAUCAAAGACGACAGUUCGUCUAAUUACGGCUCUCUCACAACCAAAUCUGGAAAGUCCAACAAGGUGUCAGACAACCAAUUAGAGAAGGCCAAGAGUGAUCAACAGAAAGAAAAUUUAGAAGUUGCUACUAAAACUGGCAAAAAUAAGAAGAAGAUGAAGGAGGAUAAGAAGGAUGGAGAGGAGAAGAAGGAGAAGAAGAGAAGGAAGAGAAGGAAGAACCCUUUUGCACCCAAGCAGCCGUUAAAUGCUUAUAAUUUUUAUGUUAAGGAAAAGAUGGAGAUGUAUAAGAGUCAGUACAUUGAUUGGGGACAUAAUGUCUUAAUCAAAAAGAUAGCUGAAGAGUGGAAGAUGGAAGCUAAUAAACAAAAAUACAAACAAAUGGCCCAAAAAGCAAAAGAGAAAUAUACUGAGCAAAAGGAUAUGGUUAAGCUUUAUCAUCCAAAGCCUAAGAUAAAGAAACCCCCAAAUGCUUUCAUUCUGUUCAUGAAAGAGAGAAGUAAGAAAAUAAAUGAAGAAAGUCUGGAGAAUUAUAAACCCCCAGAAUCCAAACCUAAGAAAAGAGUAGCUAAAGAUAAGAAUAAAAAGAAAGAUCAAAGCCAAGAGAAUACUACUUUACUAAAGAUAAAGACUGGUGAAGAAGUUGAAGAUAAAUCAAAUGUGAGUGAUAACAGGUCCACCAACCCUUCUAGUUUGACUCUUAGCUCCAAACUAUCAGAGUCAAAUCUCAGCGACAAAGGCGGUCACGAUGCUGAAUCAGUGCUUGAAACACCUUCCAAACCUGACUUCCAGGUUCCUCGGCCCAAGAAAAUGGACCGCAAAGAACUCUUGUCGAAGAUUUCUCGAGAAUGGAGAGAACUCAGUUCCUCCGAGAAGCAGCGCUUCAAACAUGAAGCCGCCAGGAAAAUGCGAGAGUGGAAGUUUGACAAGCGUGAAGAAUACCGAGCAGCAUUCGCAAAGGCAAUUGGGAGGCGGCAAGGAGGAUUUGGAGUGUACAAGAACCAGCUGACACCCUACAAUUUCUAUCUCAAAGAGAAAGUCCCACAACUCAUUCAAGAAAAGAAGAAAAAUGGAGAGGAGCUCGUUCAGAAAGAAAUUUUCAAGACAGUAGCAGAGCAGUGGGGACUUCAAGAAGAUAUGACUAAAUGGAGAGAGCAAUCUGAUAAAGAUGCUGAUAGAUAUGAAGAAGAAGUUGAAAAUUUUAAUGCAAACAAUAAUAAUGAAGGAGACUAUCUAGAUGGGGACUUAAGAGAAAAUCCAACCGAGAUCCUGAUUGAAAACAAUAAGAGGAGUCUUGGUGAGCAGAUGCAAAACAUCCCUCUAUUACAAGGGAGUGAAAAUUAUCCUCACAGGAUGUAUCCUUCUAACCUGAACCUUGUGGUUCCAUCAAGCUCGAACCAUGACGAAAGCAGGACUGGAAUAGAUAGUGAUUUUAAGAUGCCCAAAGCCAAACCACCCAAAAUUAUUAUGGACGCACCAGUAAUCGAAGCUGAAGAAGGAGACCUUGAUGCUCUCUUCGGUGGCUCAGAAGAAGCAGAAGGAGAAGACCAAGAAGACAAUAUUGACAUUGAUAUUGGAAGUGAAGAUUCUGAUGACAACCAAGAUAAUCCAAAUAUUCCAGAAAAUGAAGAUGAGAUCCAUCAGAGCCCAAAUCCUGAAUACGAUCAUAUUGAGGAAGAUAAAGAAAUGGAAGCAGUAGAUAUUAAAAAUGAUUUUAAAAUGCCCACUGGAAGAGAUAUCAACGAUAUUAGUAAAGUGAAAGGAAUUAAAGCGAAAUCACAUUUCGAUAUGAAUAUUCUAAAAGACUACAAAUCUGAGAUAUCAUUUGGUUUGACAGAGAAAUCAGAGGAAAAAUCGAAGGAAGAUUCUAAGAAAUAAUUCAUCUAAUUUCAAGUAGUA